AUGAGCAAGUAUACUAUCCGCUUGGCCACAGGGGACUCGCUCCUGGCAGCCUCCAACAACCCAGUGCAGCUGUGGCUGGUGGGCGAGCAUGGAGAGGCCGACUUAGGCAAGCGCCUGCCGCCACCUUGCUGCAAGGAGACAGAAUUUCAUAUCGACAUAUCCCUGUACCUGGGGCGCCUCCUGCUGGUGAAACUACGGAAGCACAAACACUUACUGGAUAAAGAUUGGUUCUGCAAGUGGAUCACAGUAGAGGGACCAGGGACCCAAGGCAAAGUUCUUUUUCCCUGCUACCGCUGGGUGGAGGGUGACGAGAUAAUCUACUUGCCGGAAGGCACUGGCCACGCUGUGAUUCAUGACCACCGGAACCUGUUUAAGAAACACCGGGAGGAGGAGAUUGAAGAAAGAAGGAAGAAGUACAGGUGGGGUUGCUGGAAAGAUGGAUUAAUCCUGCCUAUAGCAGGGAAUACACAGAGAGAUCUACCUAGGAACGAGCGCUUCUUGGAGGAUAAAGAUUUUGACUUCUACUUCUCUCUGGCAAAAGCGAUGAAGGACUUAGCCAUCAAGGGAUCACUGGAUUUCACAAGUUCUAUAAGAAAACUGGAAGAUUUCCAAAGAAUCUCUCCUCAUGCAAAGACUACCCUGGAUGAACGGGUUCGUGAUUCCUGGAAAGAUGACACCCUCUUUGGAUACCAGUUCCUCAAUGGUGCCAACCCCAUGCUUCUGAGGCGUUCCACAUGCCUUCCAGCCCGGCUAGUGCUGCCUCCAGAGAUGGAAGACUUGAAGCUCCAGCUGGAGAAGGAGCUCCAGGUUGAAUCUCUGUUUGAAGCUGAUUUUUCUCUGCUGGAAGGGGUCAAGCCUAAUGUCAUAAUUUGUAAGCAACAAUAUUUGGCAGCUCCUUUGGUCAUGCUUAAACUGCAACCUGAUGGAAGACUCUUGCCCAUGGUGAUCCAGCUCCAGUCACCUCGUCCUGGAUGCCCCCCACCUGUGUUGUUCCUGCCAUCAGACCCCCCCAUGGCUUGGCUUCUGGCCAAGAUCUGGGUCCGUAGCUCUGAUUUCCAGCUGCACCAGUUACAGUCCCAUCUGCUGAGAGGACACCUGAUGGCUGAGGUUAUUUCUGUGGCCACAAUGAGAAGACUUCCCAGUAUCCACCCCAUCUACAAGCUCCUGAUACCACAUUUUCGCUACACAAUGGAAAUCAACACGCUGGCUCGAAAUAACCUUGUCUCGAAAUGGGGAAUUUUUGAUCUGGUGUCGAGUACAGGUAGUGGAGGCCAUGUGGAUGUUCUCCAGAGAGCUGCAGCAUGUUUGACCUAUCGUUCUUUCUGUCCUCCUGAUGAUCUGGCUGACCGAGGGCUCCUGGAUGUGAAGUCUUCUCUUUAUGGUCAAGAUGCCCUCAGGCUGUGGGAAAUUAUCAGCCGGUAUGUGGAGGGGAUAGUAGGUCUAUUUUACAAGAGUGAUGAAGCUGUGGUGGAUGAUAUAGAGCUACAGGCCUGGUGCAGAGAAGUCACUGAGAUUGGACUACAGGGAGCCCAGGACAGAGGGUUUCCUGUCUCCUUAGAGUCCCAGGUCCAGCUUUGUCACUUUGUCACAAUGUGCAUCUUCACAUGCACUGGUCAGCAUGCUUCUGUUCAUAUGGGCCAGCUGGAUUGGUAUUCCUGGAUCCCUAAUGGCCCGUGCACCAUGAGGAAACCCCCUCCCAUCUCUAAGGAUGUGACAGAGAGGGACAUAGUGGACUCCCUGCCAAAUCUCCAUCAGGCCCGCUUACAGAAGACCAUCACAAAGUUCCUUGGCAGACACCAGCCCGUUAUGGUGGCCCUGGGACAACACAAGGAAAAAUAUUUCUCAGGCCCUGGACCUCAAGCUGUGCUGAAGCAAUUCCAGGAGGAUCUGGCUGUCAUGGAUAAAGAGAUUGCUAUUCGGAAUGAAAGCCUGGACCUGCCCUAUGAAUACCUUAGGCCCAGCAUGGUGGAGAACAGUGUGACCAUCUGA